ACGAAAAUCAGCUCUUCGUAGAGGUGAGAUCGUGGGGGAACAGGAAAGGAGACAAAUCAUCAUUCCGAGAGAAAUCAUCCUAAAAGCGACAGAAUGCCAUCUGCAACGGCAUCGCGAACACCGGCCAUCGCUCGGUGCCUUUGGCGUGGAACAUGGGCUCAGCUUGUCUUACAAUCGACAGUCCUCGUGCUGCUUCUAACUACGAGAUUCGGGGCGGCCAGGCCCGCCUUCAUAGACUACCUAGCUACAGACGAGGUAUCCCCCAGGCAGGCAGCUGACACAACCCGCCUUGAAGGCUUGGAUCUUCGGAGUUUGUGCGCCCGCACGCAGUCAGUAGAGAUGCGGGUACUUUGUAAACUCACUCAGCCCGGAGACAGUUGGUCAGAAGUUGAAGAAAGGAAGCAACUCAUUCAUAAAAGAUCAGACGGUUCAUCGUUGUCUGCUUUCCAGCGGUUGGUCAGCCACCUUCGAGCGGAAGCCCAGCAACGAUCGGAGGCAAGGCAGAAACUACAGGACCUACGAGCCAUGGGUGUUCUUGAUGAGAACAACCAGAUUAUCAGUUUACCCGAAGACAUGCGAGAAAACAUGGAACGCCUAGGUUAACCACAUCGAGUCAACGGCUGCACCAGGAAAACUACAAGGACAUUUUGUCUUGUUUCUUUUAAAAAGGAGAGCUGGAUGAGGAAAGAAUGCGCAUGAUUAUACAGGUUUAGAGUGCUUAUUGGAAAUGACUGUUCAUGAAUCUGAUAUUCUUUUGUCUUGAAGUGAUUUUCCAGUUGAAACUUUGCUCGGAAGGGGUUUCAGAAACCACGACAAAACGAUUUUUAUCCCAGUAACAGUUGCUACUACACCAAGAGUGCGCGUGUCUUUUACGAUUACAGCACACGCACAAACCGGAAAUUGAUUGGGCCACGUAUUCUUUCUGUCGGAGAGCCUGAAAUUACCUCAAGGUAAACAAGCUGGCCAUUAUCAGCCACCAUAUAUAAAAAAAUAAAUAUUUUCUUGUUAUUUAUUCUUAAGUUGUCAUAUUGACCAAGAAGAAAUGAUAGAAAGUUUAUGUGAGAUUCACGGGCGCUUUGAAUUCGCUAUUUAUGUAUAUAGUGCACGGAGUGUCGUUUCCAAGGAAACAAAUUGAAGCUUGCUCUAUUUUUUCCAAAGCAGAAUGUGAACGUAUAUUUUUAGCUUAUGCAUUGUCCUGACGCUUUCAGCUAUUUUGUAGUAAGUUUGAGCAUGAUUCGUGAAGAGUAACUUGGAAUCCUCGUCACGUUUUGAUUUAUACCUCAAUAGUCUAAAGUGUAAGACCAAUCACGCUGCACGAAUGAAUUAUUUUGUGUGAAGCUUUGGCGUAAUGCAGGAGCGUUCAACCGAAAUACCAAGUCUUGCUUUUUGGAACCAACUUGAAAAACCGGGUUUCAAUUUUACCCAAAUGCUGUGUUGCGGGAAUUCAGUGUUCACAGUCUUCGAAUUUAUUUCUGAAGGUUUGAUUGCAGAAUGCUUCGUCCAGAAAUGUUUGGCAUUGGAGAUUGGGUGGGUUGCUAACAAGGGAACAUCACGUCAUUACGAUGUACGCACGCAAAGCCCAUUAUCGGUUCCAUUGUUUGCUCUCUGUGACUUUGCACUAAUUUCACUUGGCCUUUCUUGACAAUAAAAACCAAUUAGCGCUCACUUAGAUCAUCCCCAAAAGAAAGACAGUCACUAUAAGAAUAAUGUAUUCAUGUAUAAAAUGGCAUGUGGGUAAGCGACGAGGACAUCUGACAGUAAACAGUCGUUGUUUUAUUAUUAAUAUUGUAAAUACAUUAACGCCAAAAUCUGAUAUAUUAUAUGUUCGUUUUAUCUGCAGGAUCAUGUAAAAAUUAUAAUUAUCAUUAUUAUUAUAUGGACUGAUGUGAUCGGUUGUUAUAUUUUAUUUAUCUCUUCCUUUGUAUUUCUGCUGCUCCAUUUAGGCCUACCGCCAGAGAGUUAUCAAUCUUGCGGUGCAUUUGUUCGGGAUGUUUACUGGUGUUUUAAUUGAUCAUUCCAAAACACAGAAAAACGCCAGAUAAAUAUCCACUCACGAAAUGUUUUGAUCUUUCCGCUAUGGUUGCUUGUGGAUUUAGUUUUGUUUUACUAGACCGGCUUUUGUGUGCACGUUUGAGAAAAGAGCAGUUCCAGCCCAAACAAUGAGAAGUUUGGAAUUGAUUUGUUGGUCUAUAUCAAAUCACCCAGGUUUUAGAGGUCAUUCCAACCCUUAUUUCGAAAAUGAAACAGUUUAUCUGGAUUUUCCCAGGUAUCUUGCCCACCUGUGUGAGGUAUGUUUUAUGAAAACAUUAACAGUCGCACUAUAAUGCAUACUAAAACUACUAGUUCAACAGCGCACUGCAUGAUUGUGCUUGAUGCGUUAUGGCUCAGUUUUUUAGUUUAUGGCCAGAAGUAUAAUAGACUUAGCACGAGUCUGCGGUUGGGCGUAUGGCUUCCACAGACUUGCAUGUUAUACACACAGACAUAGCCGUAACAUAUUGGGACACAGUCUUGGUCCAUUAUAACGUCACUGAUAUUGUGUGCAUAGGAAACGGAAUGAGCACUUUGCACAAUGAGAAAUAUCUAGAGUUGUUUACUUUUACUUUUGAAAAUGUUGACUGACUACAUGUAUUUGAAAAUGGAUUCAAUGACACAUGACGCCAAGUAAAAUAGUACUGACUGUGUUUUCGCUAUAUAGUAUGCCAACAGAAAAGAACUCGUGGUACAACUGUCUGCCAAAUUAUUGAAGAAAAACAUGCUGUAGUUGUAAAAUUAUUCAUUUAGUUUGCAAGGCAGACCGACCAAUUUAAGCGAGACAGUGUAGGCACAUAUAUCGAUGCCGCACAUUUGGCGCCAAAAUGUUGGUUUCUCUUAUUUCUCUUAGAUACUUGAGCUCUAAAGUACGGCGUCCCGUUUUGUGCGUCGUACCGUCAGGCAAGGUUACUUUAGGGUCUACCGUUGGCUAGGGUUGAUAGACACUGCCAUGUAGACCUUUGAGAGAGUCGACCGGACCGUCUUCAUGAACUUAGAAUAAUCCCCAAACAGCGAAGAAAACAGCUAUGUCUAUUUGCAAACGAGUCGCAUUGUGGAAACUCAAUACCUUAAUGGAAUUACCUUUGUAACGAAUAUCGAAAGAUGCUUGGAGCUUGGCUGUCACUGAUGAUGUCACGGAGGACUGUCGAUGGAUAAAAAGAAGUGAGAGAAAAAAUGCACGACCUGUGCGAUAUCGACAAAUGGCUCGAAAACCAAAACCGGUUAAAUGAUGAUGCACAGUUUGCAUGCAUAGGGACGUACCUUGCGGAAUCAAGUCUGGGCGGUUGUGACUGUAAACAGUUCCGUCGUGGAGGUUUUCUCUGGCAGGGCAGAGCCGGCUAACACGUUUAACUAUAGCAAAUUGCAUUAAUUUCGACAUGUCCGUGCCAUCCGAUCUUGGCAGCCGGCGUCCUGCCGUGUCUUACGAGCGGUGCACUUUCACCGACUCGCCCGAUUGAUCUGGGGUGUUCCGGGACAAUUUCCCCUAGAAAAUUGUCGGUCUUUAAAAGUGCAAUUCCGCCAAUGAUGUGUGGUCAAAUUCUUCAGUGUCUCUCGUUUCAAUCUAUCCGCGUCAGGUUGUGCUUUGAAAUGGUCGCUGGCAGCUCAACAGUUGAAACGGCAUGCCUAUUGACCUAGUAAUUCUGUUCUCUUUUCCUUUUUCGGUCGAGAAAAAAAGCCAACGUGUUCGCUGUCCAAUACCGGUACGUAAAUUUGCUGAAGUGGUUAAGUGAGCACUGCCUCUAGGCAAGCCGUCAAGUGCAUUGAAAGAUUGGGUUUUAGAAAGUAAAUGAUUUGAAUUGGUAGAGCUCUCCUUAUAGAUUGUAUAAUGUAGACUCAGACUGUCAUGACAAAUCGGCAAAAGUCGCAAAUAAUCAAAAGAGUUCAGCCUCACUAUUAUGAGGCUGUUUAAGUUUGUGACGCUGUUUAGGCCGACUUGUGACAAUGACAGCCAUUACGACUUCAUGAAAGCCAAGUUGACUGCUUAUAAACAAUUCAGUCGUUAUGCCAAGUACUUCAAAAAGAAAUCAAGGCAUUUGUGCAGAAGAAUAUAGUAAUAUUGUUAGAAAAAUAAAACACUUAGCAUCUGAAAUAAUUUGAA